UAUUAGAUCGAGUAGGUGUGCGUGCAUGAUGAGCUGUUUGGCAUAGUUUUCUGAGGAAGUUUAUACAGGAAAAUUCUUGAAAGAAAGACAGUUUUACAUCGUGCUGGAACAAAAGAAGUACAAUUGAUUCAAGACAGGCGAUAUUUUCUAAUACAAGUAGGUCAAGAUGUCUUUAAGCUUUCUUCGCUCAUCUUCAAGCAUCAUACAAUGUCAAGUUGUGUUACUCGACAAUUCGCAAUUCAUCACAUCAUUUGAACAGAAGACGGUGAAGGGAAACGAGUUGCUCGAUAGAGUAUGCGACAAGAUCCAAGUGCCUCUCUAUUACAAGCAGUACUUUGGGCUUCAGUACAUUGACCGCGAAGAUGGCGAAUUGGUAUGGUUGAACCUCGAGAAAGAACUUCCUCCUCAACGAAAAUCCAAACCGCUGUUGUUUCAGUUCGCUGUGAAAGUAUUUCCCCGGGACCCUCUCAAAGUGGAGGAAAACUUGCAGUGGCUCAUUUUGCUUCAGGUCAAAGCGCUAAUCAACCGUGGAAAGUUUUCCCUCCCUGUUAGCAAACAUGCCAUGAUUGAUGGAUUCUACGUGCAAGCUACGCUCGGAGAUUUCAGUGGCAAGCGACACAAGCCUGGUUAUUUAGAGGAACUGUUAGGUUUAUUUUAUUUCCCACCCACAGGUAUUAACACUGAUGAGAACAUUAGCGAGGAAAGUUACGAAGUAAUGGUCAAAGAUUUGCAUAAAUCGCAUCGCGGGAUGACCCGCAAGGAGGCGGUGUCUGCGGCCCUCGACGUUUGCAAGGAACUGGAUAACUACGGAGCUUGUUUACAUUAUGGAAUAAAUGAUCACAAUGGAGAAGAAGUUGUGUUCUGUGUUACAGUGGAUGGAAUGCGUAUUUGCCAUUUGAAGAGUAAAUUUCCCGAAGUGGGCGAAGUAUGUCAUAGUUUCCAAUGGCGUGACAUCAUCUCAAUGUUUUGUGAUAACGCAAAGUUUUAUAUGUACGUGGAGGAAACUAAAGAAGAGCAAAAGUCCACUUGUCACGUGUUUCGCUUCAGCAAAGGCCUUUUCGCUUACAAGGCAGCUCAACGCCUAAUGAUUGACGCUGAAAAUCACCAAAAGUUCUUCUUCGAAGACAACCCUGAAAGCGCGACACUCAUUAGAAGCCGUUCUUUGGAAAUGCAGUCUUUAAAUAGGAUUCGAAAUGGAUCACUGCUAUCUGCCAAAUUGAAUCUUUCCUUCAGGAAGCAAAAGUGAAACACUUAGAAGUCAGCCUUGAGACCUCUUCUUGACUUCCCUUGAUAAGUACCAAAGGUUUGAACAGCCUUGAUGACUAAAGCAAGUCAGUCAAACAAACAUUUCAAGUCUUCCAUGGUACAAACAACACAUGAUACAUACUUUGUGAUUUAACCGGUGAAUGCAUCGUGUGCUGUUUAAAGAACCUAUUUGUUCUUAUCAACGGACAAUAUCAACCAAAGUCUGUAACACAGACACGCGAUCAGUGAAGCAGAGAUGCGGAUCAAAUCGAGAAAUUUCUACAUAUUUAGACUUUGAGAGUGAAAUUUGAUUAAUAACACAACAAGUUGAAAUUUUCCAAAAAUUAAGAUAAAAAGGCUUCUUCGUCAAACAUUAAUAGGCACUAAUAACUUGAUAUAUACACUUAAUGUUAUUUCUUUCGAGAUUGGUGGACAGCCCUCUUGCUAAGCUCCAUGACAUGUUGAACUGCACCAAAAUUAUGCUGAACUAAAGUUUUUCCAAAAUGAAGAUAUCUUUAUCGUUUGAUUAAUCGUUUGAUUUAUGGAAAUCGCAGAAUAUCUUCACCUUUUUUUACCCAUGCGAAAAGGUAACUUAGGUCUUACGCACAAGUAGCGUAACCUCUGGCAUGACAAGAAACGAACGUCGUACGCGUACUCUCCCUUACGAGCAGUGUUGUGUAAAAAAUGAGUCACUUACAUGGAUUUAUAGAACGACAUUUUAACCCUUUCACUCCCAGGAUCUCAUUACUAAUUCUAUUUAGUCUGCCAUACAAUUCUUAUGAUGUUAGUUUGGAGAUUUUGGUAUGUGAUCAACUUAUAAUCCCCUAAUUGAUAUUUUUCUGUAUUCUUAUCACCUGUCUUCUUGACAUAAUAUUAAUAAUUUAAGAAGAAAUUCUGUCUUGGUCACUCAUGGGAGUUAAAGGGUUAAGGUACAAAAAGCAAUAACCACCAAUUAGCGAUAAACAGCUGAUAUCGAUUGUUAACGGCUCAAAAAGAUCACAAACAACAUAAUAAAACCAGGGGACCAGAUGAGUUAAUUCUAUUCAUGUCUCCGAAAAAAAGGAAAACAAAAGAUAAA